AUGGCUAACGCUAAAAAGGACGAAUUGGUGACCAACUGCAUCCGGUGCCUCGCGGCGGAUGUUGUGCAGAAGGCAAACAGCGGCCACCCCGGAGCCCCGUUGGGCAUGGCGCCCAUCGCCUACCUUCUCUGGUCGGAGGUGAUGAAGUACGACAGCAAGGACCCGGCGUGGAUGGAUCGGGACCGUUUCGUGCUGUCCAACGGGCACGCGUGCGUGCUGCAGUACGCGAUGCUGCACCUCUCUGGCUACGCCGUCUCGAUGGACGACCUCAAGAAGUUCCGCCAGUUGGACUCCUGCACCCCCGGCCACCCGGAGCGCGGGGUGACACCCGGAAUUGAGGUGACAACCGGCCCGCUCGGUCAAGGCGUCGCCCAGGGCGUCGGUCUCGCCGUCGCCGAGGCCCAGUUGGCCGCCACCUACAACCGCCCGGGGCACAACAUCAUCGACCACUGGACGUACGUCUUCUGCGGUGAUGGCUGCCUCAUGGAGGGCGUCGGUCAGGAGUCGCUCUCGCUUGCCGGUCAUCUUGGGCUUGAGAAGUUUGUGCUGGUUUACGACUCAAACCACAUCAGCAUCGACGGAAGUACCGACCUCGCCUUUACGGAGCACCCGAAGCCGAAGUACGAGGCCAUGGGCUUCCAUGUCGUCAUGGUGGACAAUGGUGACACGGACUUUGGCGCCAUUCGCGGCGCGCUGGAGGAGUGCAAGAAGGUGAAGGGAAAGCCAAAGAUGAUUGUGCUCAACACGACAAUUGGCUUCGGCUCGCUAGUGGCGGGUACCGGGAAGGUUCAUGGUGCCCCGCUCGGCGACAGUGACAUUCAGCAGUUGAAGCAGCGCUUUGGCCGCGAUUCUUCGAAGAAGUUUGAGGUGGAGCAGGAGGUGUACGAUAUCUUCAAGCAACACGUGGCCGCCUGUGCGAAGAAGCACGAGGAGUGGAAAGCGGCGAUGAGGAGGUACGCCGCUGACUUUCCCAAGGAGGCCGAGGCUUUGGAGGCGCGGCUCAAGGGUGAGCUUCCCUCCGGCUGGAAGUCGAGGCUGCCACUGAACGCUAACGCCUCGAUUGCCACGCGCAAGGCCAGCGAGAACACCUUGGCGGCGCUCUUUCCCCUCAUCCCGGGGCUCAUUGGCGGUUCCUCGGAUCUCACGCCGAGCAAUCUCACAAACCCGAGUUCGGCGGCCCUGACCGACUUUCAGAAGGCCACUCCACAGGGUCGCUAUCUUCGCUUCGGCGUCCGCGAGCAUGCCAUGUGUGCCAUCAUGAACGGCCUCCAUGCUCACGGUGGGUUUAUUCCCUUCGGUGCGACAUUCCUAAACUUUUUUGGUUACGCGCUUGGCGCCGUCCGCCUGUCUUCCCUGUGCCACCACCAUGUCGUGUUCGUGGCGACGCACGACAGCAUUGGCCUUGGCGAGGAUGGUCCAACACACCAGCCGGUGGAACUCCUCGCCGCCCUGCGUGCGAUGCCGAACCUGCUCGUGUUUCGUCCUGGCGAUCAAACAGAGACGAGUGCGGCAUGGGCAGUGGCGCUCGAGAACAAGAAGGGGCCGUCUAUUCUGUGCCUGAGCCGGCAGAAUACGGUGCCGCAGUCCGCCUCCUCGAUGGAGGGUGUUGCAAAGGGGGCGUACGUGAUUCACCCCGCAGAGAAGCCGCAACUCAUCCUCGUCGCCAGUGGCUCGGAGGUCUCACUCGCCGUUGAUGCCGCGAAGGCGCUUGCGGCGGAGCUGCGCGUGAGCGUUGUGUCCAUGCCAUGCCAGGAGCUUUUUGAUCUCCAGCCAAUUGACUACCAGAAGUCCGUGUUCCCCGACGGCGUCCCUGUGCUCUCCGUUGAACCGUACGUUAAUUACGGCUGGGAGAAGUACUCUCAUUACCAUGUGGGCAUGUCGGGCUUCGGCGCCUCCGCCCCGGCAGGUGAACUGUACAAGCGCUUCAACAUUACCACCGAGCACGUCGUCGCGAUGGGUCGCAAGUUAGCCGCCAAAUACGCCAAUGGCACUGCCCCGGAAAAGCGUGUGUGUCUGUGA